UUCAUUUCCAUUCAGUUAGCAUUUAGCUUGUUGUUUCGCUCUUUUCAUGGAGCUUUCUUAUUAAUUUCUGUUAUGUUUGGGUGAACAGACGGACCCUUGCGGUUGCAAGCAUGGCCCUGUCAAUGGAAACGCAGCUACAGAGCAUCUUUGAAGAUGUUGUGAAAACUGAGCUGAUAGAGGAGGCCUUUGCAGGGAUGUUCAUGGACACCCCAGAAGAUGAGAGGACUAAACUGAUCAGUUGUCUCGGUGCCUUCAGACAGUACUGGGGAACCCUACCACAGGAAUCUCAUGAGCAGUGUGUCCAAUGGAUAGUACGCUUCAUACACAAUCAGCACAAUCCCAAAAGGAUCUCCUUCCUCUAUGACUGUCUAGCGAUGGCUGUGGAAACCAGUCUGUUACCACCCAGAAUGGUGUGUGUUGCUCUCAUAAGCUCAGACAGUUUGGAGUGGGAGAGGACUCAGUUGUGGGCAUUAACAUUCAAAUUGAUCCGGAAAAUCAUCGGAGGGGUGGACUACAAGGGUGUUCGAGAUCUGCUGAAAGCUUUACUGGAUAAAAUACAAACCAUCCCUACCACGGUCAGCUCAGCUAUUGUCCAACAGCUUCUGGCUGCCAGAGAGGUAGUGGAAUACAUCCUGGACAGAAAUGCCUGCCUCCUACCAGCCUACUUUGCUGUUACAGAAAUCAGAAAACUGUAUCUAGAAGGACAACUCUCACAUUGGCUUUUAGGAAGUUUGAUAUCAGACUUUGUGGACAGUUUCAGACCCACAGCCAGAAUCAACUCUAUAUGUGGACGGUGUAGCCUUUUACCCGUAGUGAACAACAGCGGGGCCAUCUGUAACUCCUGGAAGUUGGAUCCAACAACUCUCCGUUUCCCUCUGAAGGGCAUGCUGCCUUUUGACAAGGACAUGUUCGAGCCUCAGACAGGCUUACUCCGCUAUGUGCUGGAACAGCCGUACUCAAGAGAGAUGGUGUGCAACAUGUUGGGACUCAACAAACAGCAAAAGCAGCGCUGCCCGGUGCUGGAGGAGCAGCUGGUGGACCUGGUGGUGUACGCCAUGGAGCGCUCCGAGACCGAGGAGCACUUUGACGCCGAUGUUGGAGGAACGAGCCAGCUGUUGUGGCAGCACCUCUCCUCUCAGCUCAUCUUCUUUGUGUUGUUUCAGUUUGCAAGCUUCCCUCACAUGGUGCUGUCAUUACAUCAAAAGCUUGCAGGUAGAGGCCUUAUUAAAGGGAGAGAUCACCUGAUGUGGGUGCUGCUGCAGUUCAUAUCGGGAAGCAUUCAGAAAAACGCCUUAGCUGACUUCUUGCCGGUCAUGAAGCUUUUUGACCUGCUUUAUCCAGAAAAAGAGUGCAUUCCUGUGCCUGACAUCAACAAGCCUCAGUCGACUCAUGCCUUCGCCAUGACCUGCAUCUGGAUACACCUGAACCGCAAAGCUCAGAACGACAACUCCAAACUACAGAUACCCAUACCCCACUCUCUGAAACUACACCAUGAGUUUUUGCAGCAGUCUCUACGUAACAAGACCCUGGGCAUGUCCGAUUAUAAAAUCGCUCUGCUGUGUAACGCCUACAGCACCAACUCUGAGUGCUUCACCCUGCCAAUGGGUGUCCUGGUGGAGACCAUUUAUGGAAACGGGUCCAUGAGGAUCAACCUGCCAGGCACCAACUGUAUGGCAUCGGGAUCAGUCACUCCGCUGCCCAUGAAUCUGCUGGAUUCACUCACUGUACAUGCAAAGAUGAGCCUGAUCCACAGCAUCGCCACACGCGUGAUCAAGUUGGCGCACGCCAAGUCCAGUGUUGCCCUGGCUCCUGCGCUGGUAGAAACAUACAGCAGGCUGCUGGUCUACAUGGAGAUCGAGUCUCUAGGAAUCAAGGGAUUCAUCAGCCAGUUGUUGCCCAACGUGUUCAAGUCUCAUGCGUGGGGAAUCCUUCACACGUUGCUGGAGAUGUUCAGCUACAGGAUGCACCACAUCCAGCCGCACUACAGAGUCCAGUUACUGAGUCACCUGCACAGCCUGGCAGCCGUGCCCCAGACCAACCAGAACCAGCUGCACCUGUGUGUUGAGAGCACAGCCUUGCGGUUGAUCACAGCUUUGGGGAGUUCAGAGGUGCAACCGCAGUUCACACGCUUCCUCAACGAUCCAAAGACGGUUCUGUCAGCCGAGUCAGAGGAGCUGAACCGCGCCUUGAUCCUCACACUGGCCAGAGCCACACACGUCACUGAUUUUUUCACAGGUUCUGACUCCAUCCAGGGUACGUGGUGUAAAGAAAUCCUGCAGACCAUCAUGAACUUCACACCUCAUAACUGGGCGUCACACACGCUGUCCUGCUUCCCUGCUCCGCUACAGGCGUUUUUCAAGCAGAACAACGUCCCUCAAGAGUCUCGUUUCAAUCUGAAGAAGAAUGUGGAGGAGGAGUACAGGAAGUGGAAGUCGAUGGCGAUUGAGAAUGACAUCAUCACCCACUUCUCCAUGCAGGGCUCUCCGCCACUCUUCCUCUGUUUGCUGUGGAAGAUGCUGUUGGAGACGGACCACAUAAACCAGAUAGGCUUCAGGGUCUUGGAGCGUAUCGGAGCUCGGGCGCUGGUGGCUCACGUACGCACGUUUGCAGACUUCCUCGUGUACGAGUUCUCAACUUCAGCCGGCGGACAGCAGCUCAACAAGUGCAUUGAAAUACUCAACGACAUGGUCUGGAAAUACAACAUAGUCACUCUGGAUAGACUCAUUCUCUGUCUGGCAAUGCGGAGCCACGAAGGAAACGAGGCUCAGGUUUGCUAUUUCAUCAUCCAGCUCCUUUUGUUGAAACCAAACGACUUCAGGAACCGGGUCAAUGAUUUUGUGAAGGAGAACGCUCCCGAGCACUGGUUGCAGAGCGACUGGCACAACAAGCACAUGAACUACCACAAGAAAUAUCCAGAGAAGUUGUACUUUGAGGGUCUCGCAGACCAAGUCAACCCUCCCAUGCAGCUGCAGCCUCAGUACCUGCCAAUCUACUUUGGCAACGUGUGUCUGCGCUUCCUACCCGUCUUUGACAUCGUCAUUCACCGCUUCCUGGAGCUUCUCCCCGUCUCCAAGUCUCUGGAAACUCUGCUGGAUCACCUGGGAGGACUGUACAAGUUCCAUGAUCGGCCCGUGACCUACCUCUACAACACCCUUCACUACUAUGAGCGACAUCUGAGAGACAGAACCAACCUGAAGAGGAAACUAGUGCACGCUAUCAUGUCCUCACUGAAGGACAACCGUACCCCUGGUUGGUGCCUGAGUGAAACCUAUUUGAAGUUUGGGAUGAAUCCCCGGGAGGACAGCGUAUGGAUCCCAGAUGACACCUACUAUGUCAAGCUCAUUGGACGCCUUGUGGACACCAUGGCAGGAAAAUCCCCUGGGCCUUUUCCCAACUGUGACUGGAGGUUCAACGAGUUCCCCAACCCUGCAGCUCAUGCCCUGCACGUCACCUGCGUGGAGCUGAUGGCUCUGGCAGUGCCGGGGAAAGAUGUGGGCAACGCCUUGCUCAAUGUUGUGUUGAAGAGUCAACCUUUGGUUCCCAGAGAGAACGUCACAGCUUGGAUGAAUGCCAUUGGACUUGUAAUCACAGCACUUCCUGAGCCGUACUGGAUCGUUCUCCACGACCGUAUCAUAUCUGUGAUUGGCUCUCCGGCGCUGACAUUAGAGACGGAGUGGACAGGUUAUCCCUUCGCCCUGCUGGACUUCACGGCCUGCCACCAAAGCUACGGCGAAAUGAACUGCAGCUACGUUCUCGCGCUGGCGCACGCCGUCUGGCAUCACUCAUCCAUCGGGCAACUGUCCCUGAUUCCCAAAUUUCUGUCAGAGACUGUGAAGCCCAUCGUCCAGACAGAGUUCCAGUUGCUCUACGUGUACCACCUGGUGGGGCCGUUCCUGCAGCGCUUCCAGCAAGAAAGGACGCGAUGCAUGUUGGAGAUCGGCGUGGCCUUCUACGAGAUGCUGCAGGCCGUCGACCAACACUGCCAGCAUCUCAGCCACAUGGACCCAAUCUGUGAUUUCCUCUAUCACAUUAAAUACAUGUACACUGGAGAUAGUGUGAAGGAGCAGGUGGAGAAAAUCAUCAUGACUUUGCGUCCGGCCAUGAAGCUGCGUCUGCGCUUCAUCACUCACAGCAGCAUCGUAGAGACUUCAUCUUCCGCCGCCGCCGCCGCUGCUGCCGCCGCCGCCGCAACCUCCACGUCCUCCGCCUCGUCUUCAUCGUCCUCCGGCACCCCUCAGCCCCCUCCAUCCUCACUCUCCUCCUCCAACGCCGCUGCAUCUCCCUCCUCCUCGCAGCACACACACACACCCAUGUAGACGACCGGCGUAAACGCAAACAAGCAAAUCACAGCCAGCCAGACACUUGAUGAGCAAGUUUUCCAAACGUCAUUGGUUGUAAUCCUAACAUGGAUGUUUUGUAAUUAUUGUUUGUCUUGUCUUUACAAACAAAAACCCUGAGAGAGCUGGUUAUGUCACCUGCAUGAACUUGUUGCUAAAUAAAAGAAGAUUUACGUGUCUAGAAAACUCAGUUAAAUUGGUUUAAUUGAAUUAUAAGGUACUGCUAUUUUUAGAAAUUAAAUUGUCAAAAAACUAUGGAAUUACCAGAACAGUCUAAAUGUACAAUCGAUCAGUAGCAGAAGCAGCCGAGUCACAUGACUUUGUAAUUGUUGUUGCUAUCAUGGUAUAUUUUCAUUUUAUUUUUUGUAGACAUUAUUUUAUAUUGUACAUUAUUAUUAUUAUUAUUACUUAACCCAGAUUUUUGAUAAAAUAAAAGUCUUUUUUUAACCACAA